GCUUCCACUUAAUUUUGACAAAUAGAUGUCUACUAUAAAAUACUUCUUUUGAAGUGUAAACAUGCCAUCCAUUUAAUCACUACUUUGAUAUUUUUUAUGACAUAUGUUGAUAACUUAAUUGCUUGAUUGUGGGACCAAAACCCUCCAUAAAUAUACCCAUUUCACGUCCCCGCUCCAGCCCCUCUCUCCUACUUUCUUAAAACCACAUAAGUCUACAUUUUAGUUGAUUUUUCCCAUAUAUGACAUUUUUCUUAUUGGCCUAUCGUAUGGUGAAACACACUUAUAGAAUAUACCGGGACAAGAUAUUUUUCUUGGGCUUUAGGGUUUAAGACACACCAUACAAAUUCAUCAAUCGAUGCUAUCAUUCAUAUGCUAAAACCCCAGUCAAAUACAUAAGGGUUUCAAGGCUUCGCAGGUUCUCUUUUCUGAGAACCACAGAGUUUCAUAUACAGCUCAAUUUCUUCCAAUCAGUAAGGAAGAAUUAACAGGGAAAAAUGCAGGCAUCCAAGCUAAACAAAGCCGCAGCCAUGGCGCUACGUGCAAUAGCACAAGGGGGGAAGAGAUUCUCGUUGCCGACUUAUCUCCCAAAAAAUGAAAGCCCUCUAAACCCUUUGUCGGCAUAUUUUUCUGGGGCUUUUGGAUAUUCAGUGCAGCGCAGUAUGCAUAUCGAAGGCCCAUGCAAUGGAAUAAAAGGUAAUGAGUUUGCUAGGUUCUAUUCUUCUGUUGGAGCCUUUGGUCCCAAGGCAGCCUCACCUGCAUUGGCGGAGUUCGCAGUUGCUGAAGACUAUGGUGUUGCUGACUCUGAUGAUGGGCUGGAGAUUGCUAAGCUUGGGAUUGAUGCGGAGAUUAUUGACUCCCUUGCUAAGAAGGGUAUUGCUAAAUUGUUUCCUAUUCAGAAAGCGGUGUUGGAUCCAGCAAUGCAAGGUCGUGACAUGAUUGGCCGAGCCAGAACAGGAACUGGAAAGACUUUAGCUUUUGGAAUUCCCAUUCUAGAUAAAAUCAUUCAACACAACCGUAAAAAUGGGCGUGGCUACAAUCCUAUGGCUUUAGUUUUGGCUCCUACACGUGAGCUUGCACGACAAGUUGAAAAAGAAUUCAUGCAAGCUGCACCGUGUCUUGAUACUCUUUGUUGCUAUGGUGGGGUACCGAUACGUAGCCAAAUUGACAUUAUCAGAAGGGGCCUGGAUGUGGUUGUUGGAACUCCUGGUCGUGUAAUUGAUCUAAUGAAUCGAGGUUCUUUAAUUUUGUCGGAUGUUCAAUUUAUUGUGUUGGAUGAGGCCGAUCAGAUGCUUGCUGUUGGCUUUGACCAGGAUGUUGAGGUUAUUAUGCAGAGAUUACCCAAAAAGAGACAGAGUAUGCUGUUUUCUGCCACAUUGCCUUCCUGGAUACAUAAUCUUUCAAGGAAAUAUCUGUCUGAUCCACUGCUUGUAGAUCUUGUAGGUGACUCUCCUCAGAAGUUGGCUGAAGGAAUUACUCUCUAUUCUAUUGGGGCGUCUACUUAUGGAAAACGUUCAAUUCUCAGCCCGUUAAUAUCUGAACAUGCCAAAGGUGGAAAAUGUAUUGUUUUUACUCAAACCAAACGAGAUGCAGACUAUCUUUCAACGUCAAUGAAGCAGGUUCUUGGAUGUGAGGCACUGCAUGGUGAUAUUUCUCAGAGUCAACGAGAGAGGACUCUUGCUGGUUUUCGUGAAGGGCGUUUUAAUGUGCUGAUUGCUACAGAUGUUGCUGCGCGUGGGCUUGAUGUUCCUAAUGUUGAUCUGAUUAUUCACUAUGAGCUACCAAAUUCUUCAGAAAUAUUUGUUCAUAGAUCUGGGCGCACUGGACGCGCUGGUAAGAAGGGCACUGCAAUACUUAUCUAUAGUGAGCAACAGUCCAGGGCAGUGAGGGGUAUUGAGCAAGAUGUAGGUUGCAAGUUUAAAGAGCUUCCCAAAAUGAAAGAAGAAAUAGACGAUAGCUCUAUGGGACGUGGUGGUGGUUUUGGAAUGAGUCGAUUUGGUAGUUCAGGAGGGAGUCGGUACAGUGGAUCAGGUGGCGGCUAUGGUGGAGGUGGCAGCUAUGGCAGUUCUAGAGGUGGAUAUGGAAGUUCAGGAGGUGGGUAUGGUAGUACUGGAGGUGGUUAUGGCAGUUCUAGAGGCGGUUCUGGAGGUGGGUAUGGCAGUUCUGGAGGUGGAUACAGUGGUUCUGGAGGCGGGUAUGGUAAUUAUGGCAAUUCUGGAGGUGGAAGGAAAUCUAGCGAAUCUCGUUAAAAGGCCUGAGUUCAAGUGGACCAAUUUCUUUCUGGUAAAAAUGGAAAGUACUGUAACAACCUAUGUGAUCUGGAUGGAAGUUGCUUCUGGAUCCUUACAGCAAAUACAGCGAAUUAGGAAGAUAAUUGACCCAUAAAUGUGCUCUAGCCACAGUACUAAACAAUAGAAAUUGAUUUUUCCACCUAUUCCUUAAUAGUAGUAAUAGUUUCUCUGUACGAAGAUUUUUUUUGGAAAGGUCUGCUUCCUGUAUUUUCCUUUGGAAUUUACGCAUGCGUUACCUCCUGUUGUAGCAUAUUUUUGAGGUGGGGGAUUUUAAUCAUACGGAUCUUUGUAAAGAACAAACUCUUCUAGUUAAUAGGCCUGUCAGAGUUUAUUACAGGGUUCUAUAGAAACAUUUAUUAUACGUACCUAUAUAAUAGGAAAUUAGUAAGAAUGCUAACAUCGAGUUUCUUUUGAAUUUAAUAAAAAAAGAACAUCUAAUCCUUUUCUCCA